GAUGGAGGCUGGUGUACCACGCCUAGGCUCCUUUGAUAAAAUUCCGAGCCUCCUCAUUCGUAAGAAAAAAACACAAAGAGGAAAAACAAUUUUGAUGUUGAAAAUAACAUUAUUAUAGAAGCCAAGUACAUUGUUUACGAGCGAAAGGCAUUUGGAGGCCAACAGUGACUCUGCUGUCCACGGAGGGGCGCUCUGAACGGUUGUUGCUGUAAAGAAUACUUCCGGUUUCUGCCCACUACUACAUAACCUGACAGGCGUGAAAUCUUACGAACUGCACACGACCGUGUUGGUUCUUUGGCUAAACAGAGAUAAAGGUCGACAUUUUGUGAAAGAAACAUGUCCAUGUACAGGAACGCCGUGUGGUUUAUGAAAGGACUGCAAGAAUACACCAAGAGCGGCUAUGAGGCUGCUGCCAAGACUUUUGUGGCAUCCGACCUGGACGUGAACCUGACUGGCCGCUCCUUCUUGAUCACCGGCGCCAACAGCGGCCUGGGCAAAGCCACUGCACAGGAAAUCGCCAGCAGAGGGGGAACAGUACACAUGGUGUGUCGUAACAAAGGGCGAGCAGAAGCUGCCAAGCAGGAAAUCAUGGAGUUGAGUAAGAACCAGAAUGUUUACAUUCACAUCGUAGACAUGUCCAGUGCCAAACAAGUGUGGGAAUUUGGACAGAAUUUCUCUCAGAGUAAUGACCUACACGUGUUGAUCAAUAACGCAGGCUGUAUGGUCAACCAGCGCGAGCUGACCGAGGAAGGUCUAGAGAAGAACUUUGCUACAAAUACGCUUGGUACGUACAUCCUCACCACUUCACUUAUCCCUGCUCUGAAGAAGAGUAAGGAUCCCAGGGUGGUGACUGUGUCAUCAGGCGGCAUGCUGACUCAGAAGCUGAACGUGGAUGACCUGCAAUUUGAGAAGGGAGCUUUUGAAGGCACCAUGGCCUACGCUCAGAACAAAAGGCAACAGGUAAUACUGACCGAGAGAUGGGCCACGCAGCACAAAGACAUCCACUUUUCCUCCAUGCACCCGGGAUGGGCCGACACGCCGGCUGUGAAGUUGUCAAUGCCAUCCUUCCACGCCAAGAUGGAGAACAAACUCCGCACGGAGGCCAUGGGUGCUGACACAGUAGUAUGGCUGGCUGUCUCCGAGGCCGCCGCAAAGCAGCCCAGCGGACUCUUCUUUCAAGAUCGGCGACCGGUGGCCACACACUUGCCGCUGGCCUGGUCCAAGUCCACCACACAGGACCAAGACAAGCUGCUGGAGGCACUCCACGAGUUGGCACUAAAGUUCAAACCUUGAUGGGCUUAAAAAAAUAUUUUUAAACACUCCUCAAUUCAUGUUUACAUUCUCUUGUGCUAACUGCCUUGAAUCUGAUAUGAGAUCAUAUAUUUUAUCUAUCUGCUGCACUCAACGGCAGACGAGUGUCUGACAGUUCUGAGGACCGGGGUUCAAAUCCUGGCCCCAUCUAUGUGGAGUUUGCUUUUUCUUUCAGUGGUUACAUGGGUUUUCUCCAGAUACUGCCGUUUCCUCUCACAUCCCAAAAACAUUAAUUGAUUGAAGAUUCUAAAUUGCGCCGAGGUGUGAUUGUGAGUGCGAUUUUUGUCUGUUUCCAUGUGUCCUAUGAUUGGCUGGCAACCAUUUCAGGGUUUACUCUGCCUCCUGCCCUUUGACAGCCGGGAUAGGCUCCACCACUCCUCCAAGCCUUAUGAGGAUAAGCAGCUAAGAUAAUGGAUGGAUUUAGGACUCAAUGUUAUCGGCAGAUCUUAGAGCUUUAGUUCUUAAUUUAAUGUCAAUGGAACUGAAUGCACUUUUUUAACAUGAAUGUUGACCAACGUAUAAUAAAACCACUCAUGUACAUAAGA